GACAGGAAUAAACAUGUAAGGAAUUUAUGCCAAAGAACUGGAAAAUAUAUUUAAGGAAUUUCAACAAAAUAACAGCAACAAAAUACCGGUGUUGAAAGCAUAUAUUAAAUAUUGCCGGACCUAACUAAUGUAUAUAAAAUGAGAAAAUUUAAUUUGUAAUAGUCAAGUGGAAGCGUCAAUAACUUGAACGGAAUGUUAAUACUGUGUUCACUUCCGCAUGGAAUUAAGCCACAAAUUGGUAUUUUGAGUCCACUGAAACAAAUUAGAAUAUAAGGAUUAACAUCUUGUCUUUAUCAUCGCGCAAACACGGCGACAACGGUCUGAAUAAGAAACACAUUUUCCAUUACAUGGCUGAUUAUGAGGUAUUUUUAAAGCCAAAAAGUAGAGCAUACGGUAACGAUCGGAUACCUUGCUAACGUAUACAAAACAAAACACUGCGGUAGUUUUCCAGCGUGAAUCUUUCAUGUUAUGAAUAUGAAUAUAUAUUUCACAUUAUUUAUGAUUUGCUUGAUGACACGUUUACAGAAGUGUAUAACUGGAAAUGUAAAUACUUCUCACGAUGACGUUAUCCGACGAAGAAUUGAGCAGUUUAUUGAGCGCUGUCCAGAAACUAGUACAUGUUCUCAGUACGCCAAAGGACUUCCAGAGGGAGCGCACCGGUUAUAUAAUCAUAAACCAUGCUGCCAAGCAUGUAGCUGUAGUGACGACUGUGGUUUCAAUUGUUGUCCGGACCGUUCAGGAAAAUUGGAGACGGAAGAAGCUCUCUACAACGCCAGUAGAAUUGUACGCUGUAUUGACUCCCAACAUAGAAGAUAUGAUCCUAAUAAACACAAUGGAUUAUCGUACAGGAUGGUAUCAGACUGUCCAUACCAUUACCGUGAUACCGACAUACAAACCAAAUGUAGACGGGAAUACAGUGACAUUUCGUUUGAUGUUCCUUUACGUUACAUUUUGCCUGUUUUCGAUAAUCUGACAAAUUUGAAUUAUAAAAAUAUUUACUGCGCACAGUGUCACAAUGUAGAAUUGAAACGAUUAGAGUUUGCAAGUCUGAACUAUGAAUGUUAUGCAUCACACAGAUUUACAGUUAAUGAAGGAUUAACUUAUAUCCGCGACCUAUCGGCAAACCUAGAUUCUAAUGGUAGUGACCGUUGCAAUAUUUUGUUUACACCAUAUAAAGGGAAUGCAUGCAACAGAAAUUUCAUUGAUCGUUGCAAUUUGACAGGACAAUGGUUUAUAUAUGAUCGAGAAACUGAGACAUCCUGCUUGUCCUAUACAUCAGUAUAUACAGACAAGUUCAAAAACAUUCAUUGUUAUAUCUGCAAUGGCUUUAAAGAAACGGAUAUAGAAUAUUCAUGUCAAACUGAUUAUGCAAGUGACAUAGAGGGGUAUUUCAUCACGAUUAUAGAUUUUUCCAGACCACCCGAUGCAGACGUCUAUCAAAACGUAUUUGAAAUUAACGAAAUAGAUGUUAACAACUCUUGUCAUCCGAAUAGUAUUUAUGAUACCGAGAAGAGAUCAGAAUGGAAUCUGCAAUGUCCUGUCGGAAUGACAUUAAGUAAAUGGUAUAUGAUGUGCCAACCAAAAGAAACUUCCCAGAUUUUAUCGAUAUCUCUCGAAAUAUCGCUUAUUCCUGAUCCACAUAGCCGGACGAAGGAUUCCCUACAAAACAUUCUUCUAUAUUUGACGAAACAAAUAAAAGACAAAACAGAAUUACUUGUUACAAAGGAUGUUUCGUUUGGGCGCAUACAAGGGGCUAUUCAUUUCAAAGAAGAUUUUAGACUCAAACUUGAGUCAAACAAACAAAUAAGCCUGAGGUUUAUACGAUCAAUUGAUGUCCGAAUAGAGAUAAUGAUGAACAAAGCAAAUCAUGUUCGCUUGUUUGAAACGGUGCUUGACUUUACACUUGUGUUUACAAAACUAUUAAGAUAUGGCAACUUUGUAGCAAAUUUCAGACAAUUCGAUUCAGAAGUCUAUGAUAAGCAACACCAUUCCUAUAAAUGUUGGCGAGAUAGCAGUCUACCAGAAGUAAAGUUAUGUAUGCACGAGCCUGACCAGACAAGCGACACUUUCAGUUUUUAUAUACUCAAUGACACGAUUAAGAGUAUGUCUUCUAUUGGCGGACUUAAUAUAGAACCCGAGCCGUUCUGUCCUAGAGUUGUUAUACCUAAAUUAUCAUUUGCAGACGACAUAAACAUUUGUAACGAGUCAAAACAUCUUGCGAGUAUUCUUACUGAUGUAUUUGUAUCUAAGGCCCUCCGUGAAAAUAGUACACAUCUGUUUUUCUGCCAUGAAGAUUAUUUUCAGCAUAUUACUAACUUACCAACAAAUACUUAUCACGUUAAAGAUGAGGAAAUAUCGUCACCGGAUAUAAAUUUAUCGACUAUUAUGUAUAUGGCAAUUUCGUGUUUAAGCGUUUCUCUUCUAUCACUCAUUUUUACCUUGAUAGUUUAUUCCGUUUUCAAAGAUUUGCGCACUUUACCUGGCAUGAACAAUAUGGCGUUAGUUACAAGUCUGUUCGCCUUUCAGACAAUGUCUUUAGUAAACACUAUAACAGACAUAAAAAUAUCAUGGCUGUGUAGUUUCUUUGCAAUAGUUACACAUUUUUCUUUUGUGAAAUCAUUUAGUUGGAUGUUCAUAUGCACCUAUCAUAUGCUGAAAGUAUUCAUGAAUGUUAGGAAUCGGGCAGUUCCUCGGAAUGAUUCUUUAACUUUCACCAUGUACACGAUCUUUACAACUAGUGUUGCCACAGUAGCUGUUGUCGCCACAGUAAUAACAGCCGACGUGCAAUCAAGUGGGAAUGACAUUGGUUACGGGGGAUAUGGUUGUUACAUAAAGAAUCCUGUUAUGGUCAUGUGUGCUGCGGCCAUACCAGCUGCCAUAAUUAUUGUUCUCAAUCUAGGCAUGUUCUGUAUCACUGUUUUCAAGAUAAGCAAACAUCCGAGCAUGUCUUCUGCUGGGGCAACUGAGCGCUCAAACAUUGCAAUAUUUGCAAAGCUGUCGACACUUACGGGCCUGACAUGGAUCUUUGGUUUUAUGUUCGUGUUCACCAAAGUUAACGCGUUUGCAUAUAUAUUUGUUACGCUAAAUGCUGGCCAGGGUUUGUUCAUUAUGCUCUCCUUCGUUUGUAAUAGAAGAGUGCUGCGUCUAAUACACAGCAAAUUCUCAGAGCAAACAGCGGCGUCACAAAGUUUAAGCAUUCGUGUUGGAAAUACGGAAUAAAUCGACAAAGCUACAUUGUUCAAAAUUAAAAUCUUACAAUAUUUGUGACAUAAAGGGAAACGAAGCAAAUGUUUUAUACGUUUAAACGUUAAAUUGUAUAAGUAAGUUUGCGAAGAACGAAUGAUCUCUUCUCGGGUCUGAUUCGUAGUUUUAACCCAAGAUACAGCUAUGUACACAAACUUAAUUUUCCUUGAAAAUACUUUUAACUUGCCAAACCUCAUAAAUUCUUGUGUUUAAAAAUGUUUUACAACGUUUAUUUUACUUCUAUGUUAUAUCAGACUAUGUGUGUUUGCAUUUAGGUGCUACCGAUUGUUCAUGCACACUUAACUAAACAUAAACAAUUCCAAUUUCCUUUGUUCCUAGUACUUGCAAUGCUAAUUCAUGUAUUUAGUAUAGGCUUGCCUGUCAUAAUGUAUCAUGUCACAUUGUAUCACACAUCAUGAUAUUCAAGUUAUUUAGUAAAUUACUGUUGUAUUUAGUAUAGGCAUGCUUGUCAAAAUCAUGUAUUCGGAUUAAUUUAGUUAGAAUAGGCAUGCUUGUCAGAAUGUUGCCAUUGUAACACACAUAAUGUUAUUAAAUUUAUACAAUCACAGAUUGUUGUACUAAGUAUAGGCAUGCUUGUCAGAAUACAUCAUUGUACCACACCAUGAUUAUAAAGUUAUAUAGUAACUGACUGUUGCAUUUUGUAUAAUCACCCUUGUCACCAUGCAGACAAUGUGCCUCCAUUAUUCUAUUUUAGUUAUAUAGUAAUUGAUUGCAUAAUCUUUGUAUACAAUUUUGAUAGACUGAGUAAACUUCGGAAAAUUAGUGCAUUGUUUUCUGCAUUAA